AUGUUUACGCACGCUCGAUCACGCACUGACAUCGCACGUGACGUCGCACGCGCCCAGGUUCUCGCUCAAGACAUCGAUCUUUUGAACCCGCCCGCCGCGCUCGAGGCUGGCAAGCACAAGCUCAAGCGAUUGGUGCAGUCGCCGAACUCGUUCUUCAUGGAUGUCAAGUGCCAAGGCUGCUUCAACAUCACGACGAUCUUCAGCCACUCUCAAUCCGUCGUCCUCUGCGGUUCGUGCUCUGCGGUGCUCUGCCAGCCGACCGGUGGUAAGGCGCGACUCACGGAAGGCUGCGAAUGGCGCCGUAAGGGCGAUUAA